UUGUGUAUACUCUAAAGCUUCUUUUCCACUGUCUGUCCUGAACAGAUUAGCUUAAAUCAGGUGUGGACGGGCUUUUAAACGACCUGCAACACCAGUUUUUCAAGCGAGGGCAUAUAAAAUCUCAAAAGCAGGUCCUCCUGGUUGCUGCAGUUCUCUAUCUAACCAUGUGGCCUUUUAAUUUUUUGCUGAGUUUUGACCUGAAGGGACUAUUCCUGUUUAUUCUUCUGUUUAUUCUAAUCGCAGACUACCUUAAACACAGGAAUCCACCAAACUAUCCUCCAGGACCACGGGGUCUGCCCAUUGUGGGGAAUUUCUUGAGUGUAGAUGGAAAACACCUUCACAAUUAUUUUACCAAGCUGCAGAAGACCUAUGGGGAUGUAUUCAGUGUCCGCCUUGGAGGUGAAAAUUGGGUGUUUGUAUCUGGAUACAAGACGGUGAAAGAAGCUGUAGUGGCACAGGCUGACAACUUUGUGGAUCGAGCAUACAGUGCACUUGCUGACAGGAUAUACUCAGGAACUUCAAGUGGUCUGUUCCAGAGCAAUGGUGAAAUAUGGAAGAAACAGCGACGCUUUGCUUUGUCAACCUUACGCACUUUUGGAAUGGGCAAAAACAUCGCUGAACAGAGUAUCUGUGAGGAGCUCCGACACCUGCAGGAGGAAAUAGAGAAGGAAAAGGGUGGACCUUUCAACCCAGGAACCCUUUUCAACAAUGCUGUAUCCAACAUUAUUUGCCAGCUGGUGAUGGGGAAAAGGUUUGACUACAGUGACCACAACUUCCAGCUCAUGCUUCAGUAUAUCUCUGAGAGUAUUCGCCUGCAGGGAAACAUAUGGGCUCUACUCUAUGACGGCUUCCCUGGAGUGAUGAAGUACCUGCCAGGUCCUCACAAUAAAAUCUUCUCUUAUUACAAACUCAUCCAAGACUUCAUCGGUCAGGAAGUAAACAGGCACAAGAAGGACCUGGACUGCAACAAUCCUCGAGACUACAUCGACACUUUCCUUAUUGAGAUGAAGAAGUACAAAGAGAAUGAGCUGGGCUUCACUGAGACCAAUCUGGCUCUGUGCUCUCUGGAUCUGUUCCAGGCUGGAACAGAAACAACCUCCACGACUCUGCUGUGGGCUUUGGUUUACCUCAUGAAAUACCCUGAGAUCCAGGAGAAAGUCCAGGCUGAGAUAGACGGAGUGAUCGGACAGAACCGCCAGCCCUCCAUGGCUGACAGACCAAACAUGCCCUACACUGAUGCUGUCAUCCACGAAGUUCAGAGGAUGGGAAAUAUUGUUCCACUCAAUGGAUUCAGGAUAGCUGCCAAGGAUACAACACUGGGUGGUUACUUCAUUCCAAAGGAUACAAUUUUGGUGCCAUUCCUGACCUCUGUGCUGUUUGACAAGAACGAAUGGGAGACUCCAGACACCUUCAAUCCAGAACACUUCCUAGAUGCUGGAGGGAAGUUUGUGAAGAGAGAAGCUUUCCUGCCUUUCUCUGCAGGAAAACGUGCGUGUCUUGGAGAAAGUCUCGCCAAGAUGGAGCUGUUCCUGUUUUUGGUGGGUUUACUCCAGAAGUUCUCUUUUUCUGUUCCUGAUGGAGAUGAACUGACUACAGAGAGCAGAAGUGGAGCUACUCGUGUACCUGUUCCCUUCAAAGUUCACGUCAAGGUCCGCUGAAUUAUGCAGCAUCUCAUGAUGCACGAAUCACGUCUAGCAGGGAAGACUAAGUAAAAUGCUUUAGGAGAUAAAGUUGUAAUCUGAGCUUUUUAUUCUCAAGUGAUUACAUUCUGUGAGGAGGACCUGUUCAAUCUUUUAAAUUCUACACAGAGUUUUGAAUGACAAUCAUUUUCACGUAACAAUAUCCUUGAGUUUGCAUUAUCGACAGCAAAAUGUAUACAAUAUCGUAAACAUACAUUCUGUACAAUAAAAAUAAAGCUGUACUAUUUUUGCAACAAUGUAACAAUUACGUAAAUUAAAGGAAAUGUAGUUUUUUAUGUUACUUGCUUCCAUUUAUAUUAUGUUCAGAAAAAUGAUCCACCAAAUCCAAAUUCUACACAGAAUUUUGAGUGACAAUCAUUUUUGCAGAAUAUUCUUGUAUUUUUAGCGCUAUUUAUAACAAAAUGUUUCCAGUGAUUUUGUAAACAUGCCUUUCUGUAAAAUAACAAUGAAGCUGUACUGUUUUUGUAACAAUCAGUGACAUAAAUUGAAGAGAUGUUGCAUUUUA